AUGGCAGACAACCCUCACGACCUGGAUCUCUGCGAUCCUUCCAUUAUCAGCGUCAGCCAGGUCCUUUCUCUGAUCUACGACCUUCUAGCCUUAAAACUGCUCCAUGUCGCCACGGUGGUCAUCCGCGUCGUCAACGGCCCUCAAGCUGUUUCCAAUAAUCCCCUGCGUGGGGCCAUCGCGCGCAGGGAGCGGCUCAUCAUCGAAGUCCUGUUGGCAUCAUUUCUGAGAUCGGACAUCGUGACAGAGGAAGUGAUGGCGCCCAGCCACUUGAACAAUCAUAAAGGGCAGACCGACGGAGGUCCUGACCCCAAAGUUGAUGAUAUAUCGACCGUGACUCGUCCUCGGAGUCCUUUCACGCGUAUUUUACUGGACCGGCCAAGGCUGGAGGCGGCUCACCCUGAGACCCCAGGGCUUCAGCCGGCAAACGGUGGAAACGAACAGGACUCGCAGAUCGGUACCAGUAAUUCUGCUUCAGCUGACCUUGAGAAGAAUAUCCCGGCCAGCCAAGGCCGUUCGGACUAUGCGGGAUAUCAGCGGAAUAGGACUCUGAACUGGCUUGCCAGAUAUCCUGCAACCAGGACGGAGGAACCGCAUCUCGGUCUCGAUCUUCCACUGCGACGCCGCAGUUUGGUUUUAAACGAGUCCCGACUGGUGCAGGAGCGGAGACGUCUUAAACAGUGUCGAUCAGCAGACGCGGAAAGAUUUGCCAGUGCAGACAGGCUGGAGAUGGGGUCGCUGGCGAUGCCACGGCCUGGAGUGCGUGUUCGGAGUGUGACUUCGGUGAGGCCGUUCUCCGAGGUUUAG